CUCCGCACUGCACAGACCGGUGCGUCCUGGGCGCGUCUCUGGCUCAGACCCCUGCCCCGCGCCGCGUUGGGCGCCAUGGCUGUCCCCCAAGCCCGGGCCCGCGGCUGGGCGGCGGCGGCCAGAGUGGCCCAGCGGCGCCGCCGCGUGGAGGGCACGGGAGGACCCCCACGUUCUGAGCCCGCGAGCCAGCGCGCGGCGCUUUACGUGCACUGGCCCUACUGCGAGAAGCGCUGCAGUUACUGCAACUUCAACAAGUACAUCCCCCGCGGCGUGGAGGAGGCUGCCAUGCGGAAGUGUCUGGUGACUGAGGCUCAGACGCUGCUGCGGCUCAGCGGGGUGCGACGGGUGGAAUCUGUGUUCUUUGGUGGGGGGACGCCCAGUCUGGCCAGUCCCCACACCGUGGCUGCUGUCCUGGAGGCUGUGGCACAGGCAACUUACCUGCCUGCAGACUCCGAAAUCACACUGGAGGCUAAUCCCACUUCAGCCCCAGGCUCCAGGCUGGCAGAGUUCGGGGCAGCAGGGGUCAACAGAUUGUCCAUUGGCCUCCAGUCCCUAGACGACACAGAGCUCCGACUGCUGGGGCGGACACACUCGGCCGGCGACGCUCUGCAGACUCUGGCAGCGGCGCGGCGCCUCUUUCCGGGGCGCGUGUCCGUGGAUUUGAUGCUGGGGCUGCCGGCACAGCAGGUGGGGCCGUGGCUUGGGCAGCUGCAGGAACUCCUGCGCCACUGUGACGACCACGUCUCCCUCUACCAGCUGUCCCUGGAGCGGGGCACCGCACUCUUCGCGCAGGUGCAGCAAGGCACCCUUCCUGCCCCCGACCCGGAGCUCGCCUCUGAGAUGUACCAGGGGGGUCGAGAAGUCCUUCGCGAGGCUGGCUUCCGCCAGUAUGAGGUCUCCAACUUUGCCCGGAAUGGGGCGCUCAGCACCCACAAUUGGACUUACUGGCAGUGCGGUCAGUAUCUUGGCGUUGGGCCUGGAGCCCAUGGACGAUUUGUACCCCAGGGGGCCGGGGGCCACACCCGGGAGGCUCGAAUCCAGACACUGGAGCCUGACAACUGGAUGAAGGAGGUGAUGCUGUUUGGUCAUGGUACCCGGAAGUGCAUCCCCCUGGGCAGGCUGGAGAUGCUGGAGGAAGUUUUGGCCAUGGGCCUGCGCACUGAUGUGGGGAUCACUCACCAGCACUGGCAGCGAUUUGAUCCCCAGCUGACCCUGUGGGAUGUGUUUGGAGCAAGCAAGGAGGUGAAGGAGCUGCUGGAGCGGGGCCUACUGCUGCUGGAUCACAGAGGUCUCCGGUGUUCCUGGGAGGGUCUGCCUGUGCUAGACUCUCUGUUGCUGACCCUUCUGCCUCAACUCCAAGAGGCCUGGCAGCAGAGAACCCCCUCUCUUGUGCCAGGAGGAUGAUCAGAUGUUCCUGAAUCCCAAGGUAUUACCAGGUGGGCUCAGGCUGAGCCGGUACUGCAGACAUCUCUGCUGUCCGGUCCCAUCUCUGCUCUGUGUGGUCACUGCCCGGCCCUGGCAUCCAUGAGAGUGGCCACAGGGAGGUGGAUGGGAGGACAUUUCUGGUCUGGAACUGGCAUCCCAUUCAGCAUCUCAGGACUCGCAGACCAGCACGUGUUCCAUGGCUGAGAAUUACUCACUGCCCACAUCAGCUUCUUUUGCCUUCUUGGUACCAAAGAGUGAACCGUGUUUGGAAAUCUCCCUACAGAGAAUGACCUCCAGAAGAGAAGCCUUCCUCACUCUGGAGUGAGGUCCUGAGAAAGCUGCUUGAGUUAGGAAAACCAUAUCCCCUCUAGGUAUUUUAAGCAGGAAGGGAUUUAAUAUAGGAAUGAAGUAUUUACAAAACCAUUGAAAGGGGUGGAGAAAUGAAAACCGGAGAAAGCCACCACCCUGUGUCGGGAAAUCAGAAUGUUGCAGGAGGCACAGGAAACUCCUGCUGAUGGUCUCAGCAGCCAGCAGCAUAAAAGCAGAUGAUUUAUAGGAAAAUGCCCAGAAGACACUACAAAACCUCGUGCUUACUGUCUGCCACUGUUGGAGAAGGAGUAAUGGUUUCUACAAGUGCCUCUCAUUAGUGGACUCUAAAGCAAAUCCUGGCUGGCAGGAGACUAAGGAAUAUAGUUUUCAGGUUUCCAGCCCCUGCAAUACAGGAGAGAGCAUAGAAGGACUGGCGUAUGCUGGCGGACCCAUGCAUGUCUCCAGCGCGGUGGCUUGCUGGACUCUGAGAACAGUGGGAAAGGUCAGAGCAAGGCUUGCCCUUUCUCCUCUGCCAGCCAGGGAAUGUUUCAGGUGGCAGGAGCCACAGUCUCUCCUGAUCCACUCCCCCAUGUCCCUCCCUCUCCUGUAGCCUUUCCAUCAAGAGAGUGAAGGUGGGAAGACCCAGAGCAUUUGUGAUUCUCUUUUGUCUUUUACCUACAGAAAUAUUUCCAUGGUUCUAUUCAAAUAGCCUAAUAAACCCAUCUGGAGCCUGCCUUUACUCUGGCCCCUCCUUUGUCCCGGCUCCUUCCCCAUGUGUGGGAUUCUGAUUUGGGGACUAGAAGCUUAGUCCAGGACUGAGAUUCCUUCCCCCACUCCUUAUAUUUUAUUUUGAAAGAUUUCAAACCUAUACAAAAGAUGAAAGAAUAGUUCAAUGUAAACCAUAUAUCCUUCCUCUGCAGUGUUUCUGGAAAGCCUGGAAAUAGGCAGACAUUCAUAAUAUCAUCAAGGACAUCUUCCAGCUAUAAAAAAAUAAGAUAACCAUGUUCCAGACUUUUUGGUCAUCCUAUAGAUUCAUCAUUUGUUCAU